AUGGGCCAAACUUCCCCUCCUCCAGAAGGGGUAUUCUCCCUACUGGAUACUGACCUCUAUAAGUUGACGAUGCAAUGUGCAGUCCUAAAAUAUUUUCCAAGUGCUUAUGUUACAUACUCCUUCACCAACAGAACGCCUGAUAUGAAAUUUACCAGACGGUCGUAUAACUGGUUACUAGAACAAAUAACUAGGCUGGAAAAUAUUAAAUUGUCAGAAGAAGAGCUAGAAUUCUUGCGGAAGCGCUGUCCGUACCUUAACCCUGCAUAUCUUAAAUACCUGUCAGAAUUUCGUCUUAAACCUUCCGAGCAGCUGGAGGUGUCGUUCAUACCAAUAGACGACACGGGAUCUAAGGACGAUAUUGGAGAAGUCAAGAUGGCAAUCAAGGGUUUAUGGGUGGAAACUAUCUUGUACGAGAUUCCUCUUUUGGCAUUGACCAGCGAGACAUAUUUCAAGUUUUGCGAUCGUGAUUGGGAUUACCAUCAACAAGAAGAGAAAGCUUUUCGUAAAGGAUGCACACUUCUUGAAAAUGGAUGCAUCUUUUCUGAGUUUGGAACUCGGAGGCGUCGAGAUUAUCAUACCCAGAACCUGGUAAUGGAAGGACUUACCAGAGCAGCGAAGAAAGGUGCAGAAGAGGAAUUUAAAGGAAAGUUGACAGGCACCAGUAACGUCCAUUUCGCUAUGAAGUAUGGGGUCGAACCGGUAGGCACCGUUGCCCAUGAAUGGUAUAUGGGAAUAGCUGCUAUCACGGACGAUUAUGAGAAUGCCAACGAGAUUGCACUGAGAUACUGGCUAGGGUGCUUUGGCGAAGGGGUCUUGGGUAUAGCUCUUACCGAUACUUUUGGUACCCCGACAUUCCUUGAGGCAUUCAGAAAGCCGAUCCCUGAGUUUACAACUGCUGCUGAAGGCCCCGCCACCACAAUGCCUUCUGCAGGGAGUAACACUGCGGAGACUGAUUCUUUAACGUCAACCAUUCCACCCAUCCAUGCACCUUUAGAAAACGCGGCAAGAAACACCACAACUAAAACAUAUGCCCAAGUUUUCGCGGGAAUUAGGCAAGACUCCGGCGACCCUGUUUACUUCCUGAAGAUGGCGAAGGACUUCUACGAAAAAGAAGGUAUCAAGGAGAAGAAAACAGUCGUAUUCUCUGAUUCCCUGAACAUCGAACUCUGUCUGGAGUAUAAGGUUAUUGCAGAGGAGUCUGGUUUCCAACCCACAUUUGGAGUCGGCACAUUUUUAACAAAUGAUUUUAAGCAGACUUCAAACGGAAAGAAAUCUGUUCCUCUUAACAUUGUUAUCAAAGUCUCCAGCGCCGGGGGCCGACCGGCAGUCAAGCUGAGCGAUAACCUGGGUAAAAACACCGGUGAUCCGAAUACAGUGGUUGAGGUGAAGAAGCGGCUCGGCUACGUGGAGCAUGACUGGAAGGAUGGAGACGAGACGAGACGGUGGGGGAAGAAAGAGGGUUAA